UCUUAAACCCUGCUGUGGUUGAUGGCAUCUGAGGUUUUGAGCUUGAAGAUGGGUCUGAGCUAUUGGGAUCUUUUUAGCUGCAUUCCCUUGAUUUUCUCUUAUGUCCACAUUCUUGUAGCCACAGGGGUGCUGAAGUAGCUGAGAUGAGAAAAAGGCAACAGUCCCAAAAUGAAGGAACAUCGGCUGUGUCUCAAGCUCCUGGAACCCAAAGGGCCAACAACACGUGUUGCUUCUGCUGGUGCUGUUGUUGCAGCUGUUCAUGCCUCACUGUUAGGAAUGAAGAUAGAGGGGACAGCACAGGAAGACCGACACACACUAGCAAACUGGAGAGUAUCCAGGUCAUCGAAGAGUGCCAAAAUCCCACCGCUGAUGAAAUUCUAUCCUGGGCUCAGAAUUUUGACAAGAUGAUGAAAACACCAGCCGGUAGAAAUAUUUUCAGAGAAUUUCUCCGAACAGAAUAUAGCGAAGAGAACCUCCUAUUCUGGUUAGCAUGUGAAGACCUGAAAAAAGAACAGAACAAGGAUGCUAUUGAAGAAAAAGCCAGACUUAUAUAUGAAGACUACAUCUCUAUACUAUCGCCAAAAGAGGUUAGCUUAGAUUCACGGGUGCGAGAAGUGAUCAACAGAAAUUUGUUGAACCCCAACUCUCACAUGUAUGAAGAUGCUCAACUUCAAAUCUACACAUUAAUGCACAGAGACUCUUUUCCUAGGUUUUUGAACUCUCAGAUCUAUAAAUCUCUUCUCGAAAGUACAAGGAGUUCUACUUCUGAGACUUAAAAAUAAUUUGGGGGUUUGAAAUCUUGAUUUAGCUCUUGGGGAAUGGGUGGGGUAAGGACUAUUAGGAUGAAGACAGACGUAAAAUUUUUAAAGCAACAGGGCUGCUCUGGAAGCACCUUCACUGCAUUUAGUCCAAAAUGUACCCUUCCCCUCCAGAGUCAAGCUCUGGAAAAACCCGGUACUGCCCCUUGCAGCAGAAGCCAGCUGUGCAUGGUGCUGAUUUGCUGAAGCCCCACCCUCAUGAUGUCACUAAGAAACCUCCCCUGCAAUAGCUGGAACAAUUUUGCACUUUAAGAAGAGUUUCCUUUUUAAAUGGAGAAAGCAGGAAAUGAACAGACAAAUAGUCUAACGUUCAUCUGGCCUUUUGUUUUGGGUGGACAGGGGUAGAGAAAGUGACAAGACUGGGAAGCGUGCAAGUUUUUCAAUUGAUUGUUCUUCAUGGCUGCCAUUUCAGCUGCCACUUCUGAUGGAAAGAUGGGCUCAACCAGAGCUGAGGGAUGAACUGAAAGCUCUCUUUUUAUAUUACAUCUGUCUUCACCUUAGUAGUUCAAUUACACCUGGAACUGAGUUCCUGGAGAACUACAGUUUGGCAUGACUCUGGCUACUGUGAAGACAACAAAUACUCACAAAGGUCUUUGUCUACAUUUAUCAAGGUCUAUCAUUCUUGAUUUUGGAAGGGAGGGAAAGUAGAUUUGCCAAAUCAUACUUAUUCAAAUACUUUUACACCUGCAGUUAAGAUUACAAUGAUGUUCUUGUCGUUUUAAUAAAGAGUUACCUGUAUAUCCUUACACUCCAUGUGCAAAGCAAAACUGCUUCACUUUAUCACUUAGUUGUUGCAAUAUUUAAUCCAACAACAUAAAUUAUAUCUAUAUUUAAGAACAUUGUGUGCAAUAUGGUCUUAUGGUACACACAUAAGGAUUAUUGGAGUGAACCAGAAAACAACCUGACUUGGGUUUAGUAAUGUUGUUCCCUAUGUUCUGUGGAGAAAAACCCAUUGCUAUGUAAGACAGACAACAUUUCUAUGUAAGAAAAAGAGCAAGAGGUGAAUGUUAUUUAUCAUCAUUUAUUUAAAAUUCAAAACAGAGGAUUCCUCUGGUUAUUGACUGCCAGAAUUGUGGUACUUUCAUUACAGAAAUGUCAAAACUGACAAUAAACAUCAAAGCACAAGCUACAUGAAAGAAAUCAAAUGGAGAGACACAGUCUAUAAGCUGACAUUGUUUAUAAUUGUUAUAAAAACAGAUAAUCAAUGUACAUUUCAGAUGUCAGAUACUGUAAUGGAUUUAUUAAAGACUGGCUAUCCAGUUAUCUAAAAUUGUCGUGUAAUGUUAUGUAAUUUGUAAAAGGAAAGAAACAAAACAAAACAAAACUCUUCCAUUCACAGAAUCAAGUCUAGAAAAAUUUAUGGUUUUAAUUUAAAAGAUAAUUUUUGAAAAAUGCAUAAAUGUAGCAUUUUGGUCAGCAUUGGAGACUAGCAUUUGUCUAUACAUUUGCUUUUCUUAAACGUUCUGUCCUGUGAAAAGGAAAAUUUAUACUUUUAAAGGAAAAGCUACGGAAGAAUAUCUUCUGGCAUUCCUAAUUUGAAAGGGUUCAUUUAUGGGCCAGUAUUAUGGAGAUUUAAUAAAUAUUAAAUUCAAACCUACUGGUCCCAAAAUAGUGGCAACAAUUGUUCUUUUUUUCUUUUUAAAAUAAACAUACUUUCUAAGAACUAGUAAAAAUGAAGACAGUAUGGGGUCCUGUGUUUACCUUAAAUUGAAUUUGCCAGGAUUAAUUCUUUGCACAAGCCAUCCUAUAAUGAAUGUGGAUUUAGCCAAGAAUUGUUUUUUUCUUGUGAAAUUCCCAUUUACUUCAAAUGUGCAAUUGAAAAGUCCCUUGGAGAUCCUUUCCUUUGCUGCUAGUUCAGUUUUGUAAGUAGCUACCUGAAUUUUAUUUCAUUUUUAAUCCUAAUUUCCCUAAGUGCUUGCUUGCAUCUUUAAAAAGAAAUAGGAAAUUUCUAAACAAAACAACCAAAAGGAAAAACCCUUGUCUUAGAACCUGUUCAUUUUAAUAUUCAGUCUUGAGAUUUUCUUUGAAGAAUUGUUAAGGUGCCACAAAACAGAUACCUAUUGAAGGUAUUAUUGUGAACUCUAGAUUUGAUGCUUGGGGACAUUCUAUAAACUGAUUCUUCUCCCUGAAGUUAACUUCUUGUUGCAGUCCAUAAUGAAGAUAUGGUGUUAAACAAAUAGAAUCAAGUUAUUUAAUAUUAGCUGUUUGUCUGCAAAUUAUUCCCGAGUUAAUCUACAUCUUAAUGUGGAUGUAUUCGCUAAGCAUGUUGAGUCUCAUUCCUUGAAGGAGAAUUUUUGCUGGAGCAAAGUUGUGGAUUUUGCCCUCUGAGGUUGCAGUGGCCAAAAGAACAUAAUGUAUAGAUGACAUUAAACACUGGAUUGUUCAUUCUAGUCCUAAACGACUGUGUCAGCAGUGUCCCUUCUCCCACAUGCUUGCAUAAUACUGGAAUCUCUUGAUCAUCUAGUGUCCUUAGAGCUAUAUUUCUCCAGUGUAAGUCCUUCCUUGCUAGUAAUUAUGCCAUUCAUUUAUUUUGGAAGGGACUCAAUUCUUUUUAUCUUUCACUACCUCUUCAUAUUUAAUUUAUUGAACAUGUGUCAAGGGGCAGAAGUAUGUGUGGUUGGGAAUAUACCUAUUACUUUACUUACAAUACUUGAAAUCUGUAAGCUUAAGAGGCAUGGUGGGGAGAUAUGGACAAUUUAGCUAACCAUUUCUUAAGGUCUUUUGGUUUUGUAAUUUAUACAGAAUUCAGGAGACAAGACUUUUGUAAAAAAAAAAAAAGGGCUAUUCUUUAUUCCCUAUGCAACUCUUUUAACUGUUGUAGUGUUUAACGAAAUGGGAUUUUAAAAAAAGGCAAAAAAAAAAGUCAGAGAAAAUUCUGCAAAGCAGAAAAAAAAUAAAAGGUCUGUUUACACUGGCGUUUGCUGACUAUCCUACCAUACUCAGCACUUUUAAAUAUUGUUGUGUAUGAAAAUGUAGUUUAAAAUGCAAGACAAAUUAUUUAUAAAGGACAUUCUUUUAAUAAAUGCCUGUUUUAUCUGAAAAGUGUUAUUGUGUUAUGAUAUACUUUAUUCAUGUUGGUUAUUAAUUUACCAUUAUGAAUAAAUUUUAAAGGUAUGUUGAUAGAAUCAUAUCUUCAAAGAUGUUUACAAAAACAACCUUUUUUUCCUAAAGGAGAAGGUAGCAAGAAAAAAAAGCAAACAACUGCCUCCUCCUACUGUGAAUUUCUCAUAAUGAAAUAAUUUAAGGCUCAUUAUCUGAAAUAACUGUGGUAUUACAUAUUUAUAGCACCACAGUAAAAGUUACAUUUCCUAUGGGGUGUGUGUGUGUGUGUGUGUGUGUGUGUGUGUGUGUGUGUGUGUGCGUGUGUGUAUACAUACAUACAUACAUACAUACAUACAUACAUACAUACAUACAUACAUACAUACUGUCUGUACAUAUUUAUAUGACGUGGAUUCUGGUUUGUUAUGGUGUUUGAGAUACAACUAUCUCUGGUGCACACAACUAGGUCUAUGUAAUUAGAAAAUAUUGCAUGUAUUUAAUAUUGAGACUUCAUAUUUUCAAUGUUACUAUUUGAGGGUGACCUGUUAACCAGAAGCGAUCUUUAUAAGAUACUUUUACUAUAGUGAGGGAGAUGUCAGUUUGACAGGACACCUUUCCUGAGGAACCUUAACCAAAUAAAAUCUGUGAUUUUAGGUGCCAAUAGCACCUAGAAUUAUGGUACUAGACUUCCUUGUAUGAGUAUUUUGGUCAUGAUAUGGGAGAUAUCAUUAUGAAUAAGAUGUCACAUUUGAACUGUUUUCAAAAUUACUAAGUAUGUUGUUGCAGUGAGACUAUGUUACCAUAAGAGCCUAAAUCCUGAAUUUUGCUGGAUUUAAAGGUUGGCCUAUUGAGCACUCUGUAUUUUAUAUAUACUUUCUAGGAAUGAAUGUACAUUUUAAAUCCAUCUGGCAAAUAGAUGUAGUCACCCACACCACAUAACCCUUGGGUCAUUUAAAGAGAUACAAAAACAAAGGUGGUUGCUGAUGUCAACUUUCUGCAACUAAGAGGAAUAGCCAAAUUUAUCUCAUUCCACUUUUGCAUACCUCAGUUUUCAGUUCUCCGAAAGGAAUAUUGACAGUGUUUUAAAUGACAACAUAAUCUCAUUGCUCUCAGUCAAUUUGCAACAUAUGAGCAGCCAAUGAUUACACUUCUAAAAUGAUUAUUGUGCAUGUACUAUACAAUACUUUUUAGUAUAAAUGAAUUGCUUAAUUAUACUUACCACAGGCAGAAAUAGACUGAAGAUGUAUUUACUUCUUGUUUUGGGAUUUUAAUGAGAUCACAAAUAUAUAAAAUAAAUAUAAUGCUUUUGAUUAACAGA